CCAUAUCAGUAGAUAGUAACGGUACGUGCGGUGAAACUACCGUACCUGUUGUUGUCUGUAGUGUAUUUCGUCGUUGCCCACCAACCGAAAAGGUGGUGCAAACAGAGACCCGGGAACAGAACGAUCCACACGAGCAAGAGCCAUCCUCUUCGUCAACGAAACUACGGCAAUCGCGCUGCGUGUCGUCACACGGAAGGAUUGGUGUGUCUCCUGCCGACGGCAGCCGGAACGUCCCGUUUGCCCGUGCCGAGCCACACGCACAGCCGGCAUCGGAGCCGUCGCCGAAGACAGAGAUGGUCUUCGAUCGACCGGCCGGCACCGUUUCCGGUGCAGCCUCCAACGGCGAUUCGUGCAGGGASCUCUGCUCGAGCGAUGCGCACGGGGAUCGGCGGCGGGUCGCCGUGAUUCGCCUCGAACGGCGGGAUUCUGCUCCGGCACCGACAACGCGCAGCAGCAGCAGAAGAGGCAGCAGAGGCACCAACAGCAGGUCCCCGUCCCGCUCACCGAGACCGACGGGCCGGAGGAAAACGAGCKGCAAGGCCCCGGGGUGGAUGCGGUCCAUCGCGCUCGGGAUCGCGGUGGCAGCGCUCGACACAACGCACCGCUGGCGGUGUGCCGAAKGCUUUGCUCCGAACCCGCAAGCCAAUCCGUCCGCGCAYCACCGCAACCCCUGCCCGAUCCGAGAAGCCCGCCACAGAUCUCGGACGGCUUCGACCACCCACGGCCCGUGGCACGCUACGGCUCGUUCGUUGCGUUCGCCGCUGCUUUUCUCGAGCUUGCCGUCGUCCUGCCUGGAGCGGGACACCACGAACGCGAUCCCGCUGGAAUGGAUCGAGUUUUACGCCCCCGACGAGGCAUCCGGCGAGGCGCGGGCCCCCGUACUCUUUCUCCACGGCCUGCUGGGAAGCAAGCGCAACUUUGCSACGUGCGCCACCAUGCUGGCCAGACAGAUCGACAAGAAACGGAGAAUCAUCGGUGUCGACCUGAGGAACCACGGCGACACGCAGCCGUGGUCCGAGAACAGUAAGUUUGUCCUCCCGGUCGAGAAAGAACGAAUCGAUCGACAACGGUGGACGACCGGAUGCCGCGUUUCCGGCUCUGCAAUGCGAGCACGCGGAUGCUUUGUUCCUUUCCUCUAAUGAAUUUGUUUCGGUGUCGUCGCGUGUUUUGGUUUUGUCGCAUAUUGUCUCUGCAUGGCGUUUUCUUUUGCUUUGAUAGUGUCGUAUCCUAGCAUGGCCCAAGGUAAGACCACCGAGUUCGAUUGUCGUUGUGCACGUCGAUUAUCACUUCGUUUUGGAUGGGUUGAAAUUUGAAAAAGAAAUUCUGCAAUUGGCUGACAGCUAUUUCUCKUGRUGUUGAAACCAUAGACGUGGUUCAAUUUCUUCAGUCCCAGAACAUCGAAAACGCCAUCUUGGUUGGACACGUACGUAAAUUUUUGUCACAGUAGUUGCGAYCCGGGCCCUCGGCUCCGCCAAUCGUUGUUUGUUCUAAUGCCACUGUUUUCUCGAACCUUGCAACAGUCCAUGGGGGGCAAGGUGGCGCAGGCACUCGCCCUGCUCCAUCCCGAGUAUGUGGCGGGCCUCGUCGUGCUGGACAUAGCCCCGGUCACGUACACCCGCGAUGCGGAUCCGCACUGGAGGGCGGUGGAAGACAUCCUCCGCACCGUGCACGGUGUCAUCGAAGACGCGGAGGCAACGGGCGAGGAGCCCAACAAACGAGAGAUCGAUCGCUCCCUCCGGAAGUCCAUCCCGGACCCCGCCCUCCGUGCGUUCGUGCUGACGAACUACGACAGCAGGAACAACCAGUGGAAGGUCCCUAUAGGAACCAUGGUGAAGGAGCUCGAGCAGAUUGCCGGCUUUGAUUUAACGCCCGAUUCGGAAGCACUGGUGGUGARCGAACCAUCAUCUUCCUUGUCUUCGACCUACGAAGGAGACGUCUUCAUUAUCAACGGGGGACAGUCUCGGUUUGUCCGGCAUGCAUACAUGGAUCAAAUCGCGUCUUAUUUUCCCAACCACAUGUUGACAACCAUUCGAGGUUCCGGUCACUGGGUCCACGCAGAAGCGCCCGACGAUUUGGUUGCGCUUUUGAAACGAUAUUUGGAUCGAUGAGAAAUAAGAAAAUAACGAUUAAUUAUAAGGCAUCUCUGUAUGAAUACCAUCUUUACGCCAUAUCUGAUAAUGUUAAUAUGUUGUAGUAAUAAUGAGCGAAAUUCUUCUGUUCAUGCUUUCGUGCAUUUGUCCCCAUUUUCCUCUGCAAGUUUCGACAGGACAUCCAGGAUCUUGUCCUGACGCGACAGUGCGUGGCUACAAAUGAUACCAACGAUGGAGUGAACUGGAAUCGGAGGCAGUGCCCGCAACAGAUUCCAAGCAUGCUCCUGAGUCAUUGGGUACAAAGUGUGCUCCGUUAGAAUUUGAUUCAACCCUUCGUCUCCCAUGUACCCGUAUAACAUGGCUGCCCAAGGAGAACGUUUGGUGUCAAACGAUGAUUCGGAUCUUCGACCCUCAGCGAGGAUUUGGAAUACCAUUUCGUUGCAUUGUUUCAAGGAUUCCUCGGGUGGGUCUUCGCAGCAAUGCAACGGUUGUCUUAAAAAGUCUGAUACCCUUACUUUUGAAAAAGGAAGCCCUGAAGUUUGGCGCUGCAUCAUUUGGGCACGCUGCAUCAUCGAUGGAUCUUUCGUAACAAGCCCACUGCCCCUGCGUUUCGCUGCCCGUAAAUCCCCGGUAAACAAAGAAAUUGGUGCAUCUCCAUCUGUUAACACAGCCACAGCAGAUAAUAGACUCAUAGCGACUAG